UGGAAAGAAGAGUGUUGCAGAUUCCGGGUGCCGGUUCUUAGGACCUUGGGAGGUGUGUUUUGACCUGCUGGAGGGGCUGGGAGCCUUGAGUCAGCUCACCGGGAGGAGCGAGCAUCUCCGGUGAAUUCUUGCGGCGCAGGGUGAACGUUCCCUGGCGUAGUCCAUCCCGCAGGAGGAUCUGCUCUGGCUAGAUGGCUACCUUAGUUUCUGUGACGAUCUGAUACUUUGGUGGCUUACCAUGGCCCAGCGGGCAGUGUGGCUCAUACGUCACGAACCGGGAAAUCCACUCGGUGGCACUGUCAAGUUCUCCAGACGAUAUCCUACUGUUGAAAAGCGAGCCAAAGUCUUCAAUGGAAAGAGUUAUGUUCCUGUACCCGAAGAUGGUCCCUUUCUUAAGGCAUUACUCUUUCAACUUAGGUUAUUGGAUGAUGAUAAGGACUUUGUGGAGAGGCGAGAUAGCUGUUCACACAUCAAUAAAUCAUCCAUCUAUGGGCUUUUAGUAGGAGGUGAAGAACUCUGGCCAGUCGUUGCUUUUCUAAGGAAUGAUAUGAUAUAUGCAAGUGUUCCCCUGGUUGAACAAACUCUGUCCCCUCGCCCAUCUUUAAUUAGUAUUAGUGGAGUUUCACAAGGCUUGGAACUGCUUUUUGGGAUACAGGAUUUUCUUUACUCAAGUCAGAAAAAUGACACUGACCUAAACACAAAAUUGAGUCAGCUGCCUGACUUGCUUCUCCAGGCUUGUCCAUUGGGUACUUUAUUGGAUGCUAACUUGCAGAAUUCAUUGAAUAGUAUUAAUUUCUCAUCUGUGACUCAGCCACAAAAACAGCCAGCCUGGAAAGUUGGAACAUACAAAGGAAAACCACAGAUUUCUAUUUCUAUCACUGAAAAAGUAAAAUGCAUGCAGUAUGGUAAACAGGAUAUAGCAGACACAUGGCAAGUUGUUGGAACAGUCGCUUGCAAGGUGAGCUUUUCUCCAGGAUUUUUGCUUUGUCAUACCAUUUGACACUGAAAAACAGUACAAUUUGCAGCUUGUAUUUUACAUUUUUAAAUGAUAUGCUUGUUCUCCUUAGCAGCAGCCGUGGAAUUUCAUAGUAUCUUUCUGUAGUUUGUAAAAAUUGUUUAAGAGUUCAGUGUAAUAAAAAUUAGA